AAAGUGACUCACGCAGAGCUCAGCAGCUCAGAGACGUGUAACUGGCCUCAAACUGCCCCUCUGACGGGCAAAUAAAGCGCUUCAGCACGUUGCGCGUUCACCGGCGGGUCGCGUGAGGGUUCAGUACUGUGAAUCAAGUUUCACCGACUGACCGACUUUCCUUUCUUUGAGUUGGAUUCAUCGGAGCUUUCCGAGGGCCACAGUCCUCAAUAUGACCUGGAUGUUGACGUGAAAGACGUGUCUACCAUUUGGAAAGUCAUGUGAUUGGCUGAAAUCUGAAAUAAGAUUCUAAAAUUAAAGUCUGACUCGGAAAAAGUCAGUAUAAAACAAGAAUACAAGUUGCUAUGUAAUCGCGUCCAGUCUGUAACGCCCCCAUGAAAGGCGGCUUGUACGAGCAGCCCCUGAAGGCAGCACGCUGGUACCCGCACCGCCUCCUCUCCGCACCGCUCAGGCGUAAAAAUCACCUUUUCCUCUGCGCUGAAACGGCAGCUGAGAGCUCCGGAUAGGGACUAAACCCGGACCGGGAGUGUGCAUGUCGGAGCGGCUGCCGGACCGGAACGUGUGGUCCUGAAUGGAUCGAGAGCAGCAGGGACUUCAGUGGGAUGCAGCUCUGUGAUGGGAGAGGCAGCCGAGCAGGAUGGGCAACAAGCAGACAACCUUCACCGACGAGCAGCUGGACGCGUAUCAGGACUGCAGCUUCUUCACCAGGAAACAGGUCCUGCGGCUACAUGGCAGAUAUCGUGAGCUGGCUCCACAUUUAGUGCCUCUGGAUUACACCAAUAACCCCGACAUCAAAGUUCCUCUGACGCUCAUCGUCAGCAUGCCCGAACUGAAGGAGAACCCGUUCAGAGACAGAAUCGUGGAGACGUUCUCAGAGGACGGACAGGGGAACCAGAGCUUCAACGACUUCGUCGACAUGUUUUCUGCACUCUGUGAAACUUCCCCCAGAGAGCUCAAGAUCAUAUACGCCUUCAAGAUAUACGACUUUAACAGGGACAACUUCAUCUGUAAGGAGGACCUGAAGAAGACUCUGAACAAGCUGACCAAAGGCGAGCUGACACCAGAGGAGGUCACUCUGGUGUGUGAUAAAGCCAUUGAGGAGGCCGACCUCGACGGAGACAACAAGCUCUCCUUCGCCGACUUUGAGAACAUGAUCUCAAAGGCUCCGGACUUCCUGAGCAACUUCCACGUCCGAAUAUGAGACUGCUGAGAUCCUGCAGAGGAAAGACGUCUCACUUUGAGCCCGUUUCUUGAUCCAUCCGGUCUUCACCCUCCAGACUCCACCUCCACCUGAACCUCAGACCCACCUCGACUCAGUGCCUGUCCUUUCUAUCGCCCGGUGGAGAGUCUUCCUCUCCAGCAGAACCUGAGACCUGACACAGAGUCUGGCCUGGACUCACAGAAGCACACAUCUUACAGACAGCGGGGAUAUUUCAGAGAGAGCGUUGUUACAGCAUGAAACCUCUCUCUUUAUUACAAACUGUUUGUAGGUGGACGAGGAGGAGCGACAAACCAAGACGGGGCUAAUUUUAUACCAAGAGAGCUACUCUGCACCAGGUCUGCUGUCUCCUCUGGACAGUUCUGCUCUUCUGAGACACAUUUGCAGAGGAAACAGAACAGGGCUUUUCUGACUUCAGUGCUUUGCAGAAGGGCCAAAUCCACUGACUGGAUUCUUUUGAAAAAGCACAGUUUUAAAGGGCAAAACAGUGAAGAGCUAUGCAAUCUUUCUUCAUGAAGUGCAUGUUGUAAAUUGCUUCUAGCUGUGGUUAAUUUGUACAUCUGGUAUAGUGAAACGUUCUGGUGCAUAAUGACAAUCAUAGUAAACUGUAGUUCAGUUGAUGGAAGGGCUCUCUGUCAUCUCACCUGUACACUUUGGCUUUGAUAAACCUUUUUCCUGCCGCCAACAAACUUGAUAGAACAGCUUUCGCUCAUUCAAGAGAAAAGGUUUUGUGGCUAGAAUCAAAUAAAAGAUUUUUCUGUUG